AUGGCAUCUGCAUAUUAUGAGUUCUAUCGUGGUUCUUCCAUUGGAAUGGCACUGACCGACUCGCUGGACGAGCUUAUAACCAGUGGCUCGAUUACGCCACAAUUGGCUAUGAAAGUUCUUCAGCAGUUCGACAAGUCUUUGGCGGAUACGAUGGUCAAACAGGUCAAAAACAAGACUAUGCUCAAGGGACAUUUACAUACCUACCGUCUCUGCGACGACGUGUGGACUUUCAUCGUUAAGGAUGCCUCGUUCAAACUAGAUAACACCGAGCUUGUCAAUGCAUCCAAGAUAAAGAUCAUUGCAUGUAAGAACGGAGAGGCUAUUGAGAGCAGUGGCAAGCGCUAG